GCUUCGAUGGAGGACCACGUGACGGGGCACAACAAGGAGAAGCUUUAUGAGUGCGACGUGUGUGGCAAGGCCUGGCAGAGCCCGAGUCUGCUGGAGAUCCACCAGCGGAUGCACACAGGAGAACGCCCCUUCGACUGCUCGGAGUGCGGCAAGAGCUUCGCCCGCUAUGGAAACCUGCAGCGGCACAAGAGCGUGCACUCCGGCGAGAGGCCCUUCACCUGCUCUGACUGCGGAAAAGGCUUCAAGUCGUCGCCAGACCUGAAGGUGCACAGGCGCCUGCACACUGGGGAGCGGCCCUAUACCUGCAGCGAAUGCGGCGAGGGCUUCACCCGCUUCAGUAACCUGCUGGGGCAUCAACGCACCCACACCGGCGAGCGUCCCUACACCUGCACCCAGUGCGGUAAGGGCUUCACCCAGUCCACCAACCUGCUGUCCCACCAGCGCACCCACACCGGGGAGCGGCCCUACAUCUGCAGCGACUGCGGCAAGGGCUUCAGCCGCUCCGACAGCCUGCUGUACCACCAGCGCACCCACACCGGCGAGCGCCCCUACACCUGCGCCCAGUGCGGCAAGGGCUUCACUAAGUCCAGUCACGUGCUGUCCCACCAGCGCAUCCACACCGGCGAGCGCCCCCACACCUGCGCCCAGUGCGGCAAGGGCUUCACUCAGUCCAGCAGCCUGCUGGACCACCAGCGCACCCACACCCGUGAGCGCCCAUUUACCUGCGUCCAGUGUGGCAAGGGCUUCACUCGCUCCUCCAAGCUGCUGUCCCACCAGCGGGUG